AUGGCAUCAUGUUCGAGUCAAACAAUGAAAAAGAAAGCAAAAAGGGAGAUAUCAGAGGGGCCAAAUUGGCUUGACCUUCCUAGAGAUAUCACACAAAACAUUCUUCAAAGGCUUAAUGCAGUUGAAAUUGUGACAAGUGCAUCCCUAGUGUGUGCUCUAUGGUGGAACAUUUGCAAGGAACCUCUCAUGUGGCGCACCAUUCACAUGGGAUACAAUGACCGUUGUCCCUGCAACAAUAUGGAUUUGUUCAGUGAAGUUGCAAACAAAUUUCCACUGUUAGAGGAGCUUGACAUUUCAUUUAGCAACAUAUCUAAGGAUUCUCUUGAAUUCAUUGGUCGUUUUUGCCCUCUUCUGAAAUCACUAAAAUUUAGCAGAAGUUUCUUCAGAAGCAUCAAGUGGAAUGAUGCAUUAGCUAUUGCAAAAACCAUGCCUAAGCUUCGCUAUCUUUCAAUGAUUGGAAACACACUCACUAAUGAUGAGUUGCUUGUCAUUCUUGAUCGAUGCCCUCUUCUCGAAUAUCUUGACCUCAGAAUUUGUUUUCGUCUUGAUUUGAGUGGAAGUCUCAAGAAAAGGUGCCGUGAUCAGAUCAAAUACUUGAUACUUCCAAUUGACGUUGUUGGAGACUGUGAUGAACAAUAUUACGAUUAUUAUAUUUCUGCGUGA